UUCAGGUUUUCGUCUCCGUACGGCCUGUGUGCUUGUUUAGCUAGAUAUUCAUUCAUAUAUUGUGUGACUCUCUCUCGUUCAAUUGGCAACGACGUAGUAAGCCGAAUGCAGAUGUGUAAAAAUACAGCCGUUGCUUUCUUCCGUGUGAAAAAGCCAGGAAGCAGUCCCUCCAGUGAAAGUCAAUCCAGUGUGCAGUCUGGGGCAAUGGCCACAUUUAAUCAUGCUGGAAAGAGCAAAUCAAGUACUGUCCACCAUCGAUCGCCCAUUCGUCCAUUUUUCUGCUGUGGCAGUGAACUGUCCCUCGUCAGUAUCGUUGAGCUCCACGAGCGACAAACUGCUACACUUUCGUUAACUUCAGGCUCCUCGCAGAUAAGUAGUGAACCGAUCUUGUUGAAGCAGCAUGCCCUAUCUGACUCCCUACAGAUUGAACAAACCAAAAAACACACAGAUUGCCCCUCUUCGUGCCAACAUUGCGGAUACAAAUCAAAUGUCGGUAUGGAAGCUGCUUCAGGCUCGUGUUCAGGAUCGCCACCAAAGAAUAAACACAAGAAACCUUGGUCUAUCAAAUUUCGAGACAAACAAUCUAAGCAGUCCCGCUACAUGGGUUACUCACAACCCUGUGUCGGAACUUCUAGAUGCUCAAACUUUUCCAGUUGUGAACACCAGCUGAUACUGGCCACUUGUUCACAACGACCAUCAUCUUCCAACUUCAUGUUGACUCCAUCUUGCCAAAUCUCCACAAACACUGUCUUGCGUUUACCGAAGAGUCGCCAUCAUCGGAAGCACCAUUCAAAGAAAACUUUAUUCAGUCCUGUCGACAAGCAGCACCAUCGAAUGUCAGCCAGGCAGUUUGCUGGAUCUUUAAACAACAUUAACAACACUUCGAGUUCAGUUGGCUGUUCCACUGAUAACAUCGGCACAACUUGUCAUCAACAACAGCAACAGGAGGGUCAACAAACUAGUUCCAGAAUUGCUGGAAGCCACGUAGAUAGAAAUACAUUUUGUGCAUGCCGCAAUUUUCGGUCUGUUUCCACAUUGGCACCUAACGACCAACUCUGCUCGUCGUUCCAGCAGAGCUGUUCUCUGCAGGCUAAUCCCGGAAGCCACAGCCAGUUCUCUCUAGAUUAUUUCAACGACGACGACUUCAACGAUGCACCCAUUCAGGAUUACCCACCACACGAAGCUACCAACAGCGACAGCUACCAGCGUGUUCACAGUCGUGUCGAGUACACCCACUGUCUAGUGCCUGACCUGCAGCAGAUUGCCAACUGCAGUUUUUACUGGGGGGUUAUGGAUCGGUACGAAGCAGAGAACCUGCUUGACAACAAAGCCGAGGGAACAUUUCUGUUGCGAGACAGUGCACAGGAGGAUUUUCUUUUCUCCGUCAGUUUUCGGCGUUAUGGAAGGUCUCUUCACGCACGCAUUGAGCAGUGCAACCACAAGUUUAGUUUCGAUUGCCAUGACCCGGGCGUCUUUGCAGCUGGUACCGUCUGCCGCCUGAUAGAACAUUACAAAGACCCCAGCUGUUGCAUGUUCUUCGAACCAAUGCUUACUCGACCCCUCACCAGAACUUAUCCAUUCUCCUUGCAGCAUCUGUGCAGAGCUGCCAUCUGUAGCUUUAUCACUUACGACAAAGUGUCGGAGCUUCCCCUCCCACUAGCCUUAAAAGACUUCCUCAAGUAUUAUCAUUACAAAAUGAAGGUUACUGAAAAGCAUUUCUAAUAGAUCAGACAUUUUAAACAGUCACAAUUUCCCCCCACCCCUUUUUUUUUUUUUUUUUUACCAUUAUCAUCGUCACCAUCAUCAUCAUCAUCAUUUAACAUCUGUUUUCCAUGCUGGAUGGGUUGGAUGGUUUGACUGAAAGCUGG